UUAAUUUUCAUUCCCGGAUUGAAGAAACUGACAGAAAGCUUAUUUCUUGGUCAGGAAUUAAUUGGGUGGGCGAUGGAUUGAUCCAUUAGCUAUUCUACGUGUUAAAUGUGAGUCCGCAAGGUGACGAUAGCUUUAACCUUUGGAGACGGAAAGUCUGCAUGUCCACCGCGCACUUCACGAGGUGGAUUUCCCCGCCAUAGAGCUUUAAUUGUUUGCCGUAUAACGUUUAUAUAUAUCAAGAAGCAUUUGGGUGGUCGUAUAACAGAAGAGUUUCUUGAGAAAUCGAGCGUAGAGAAGAGAAGGGUGAUAUAGUAAGAUUUUUUGUGCAAGGAGAGCGAUGGUGACUGUUGGGGCUACGGGAAUGGAGAGAAAUCCUGCAAUGUCGUCCGAGGCGCCGCUUGCUCCGGUCACUUUGGAGCGGCCGGUACGCAGCGACUUGGAAACUAAAAUACCGAAGCCAUAUAUGGUAAGAGGGUUGGUUGCCCCUGAUAUAGAUCACCCCAAUGGAACACCAGGCCACAUGCAUCAUGAUUUGAGUGUACUGCAGCAGCAUGUUGCUUUCUUUGAUCAAGACAAUAACGGAAUCAUCUAUCCAUGGGAGACUUAUGCUGGAUGUCGCCAAAUUGGGUUCAAUAGGAUUUUAUCUCUUAUAUUGGCGGUCGUCAUUAAUGUUGGAUUGAGCUACCUUACACUUCCAAGUUGGAUUCCCUCUCCUUUCUUCCCUAUAUACAUCCACAACAUACACAAGGGCAAGCAUGGAAGUGAUUCUGGAACCUUUGACACGGAAGGAAGGUACUCCCCUGUAAACUUUGAGAAUAUAUUUAGCAAGUACGGCCAAACAUUUCCUGACAAGCUCACGCUACGGGAGUUGUGGAACAUGACUGAAGGCAAUAGAGUUUCAUUUGACUUCCUUGGCUGGAUUUUUAGCAAAGGAGAGUGGGCUGUUCUCUACAUUCUAGCAAGGGAUGAAGAUGGUUUCCUGUCGAAAGAGGCAAUAAGACGCUGUUAUGAUGGCAGCUUGUUCGAGUACUGCUCCAGGAUACAGAGAGGUGCUGAGGAGAAGAUGGAAUAAAGCUAUUGUUGCUGCUGUUCAUGGUAUCAGUUGUUCGUGUGCUGUGUGAAAGAAUAAAAAAUAAAAUGUAUGUUGCAAUGUUUCUGAUGGAAGUAGUUCGGACACGUAUAUGAUCAAUAAAAGCCAGCUUUGAACUUAAAUUUUUGGU